AUGGCGUAUAAAAGCGCUGGCGCCGCGUCAUGGCUUUUCCGGUCGCUUGUUCUAUCAGGUAUCUUCUUACAGGUCGGGGCAGCAGGUGUACCGCUUGACCUGGACAACGAUGAGUCAAUCAAAUCGGCGGCCAGCAGAGUCGCCUACGACUUGGUGACGUUCUACACGGGCAACGACACGGGAGAUGUUCCUGGAAACCUGCCAGAUCCAUACUACUGGUGGGAGGCCGGGGCGUUUUUUGGGGCACUGGUCAAUUAUUGGGCUUUCACCGGAGACACAACCUACAAUGCGAUCACCGUCCAAGCUCUUGAACAUCAAGCUGGCCCCAAGGGAGACUUUAUGCCAUUGAACCAGACCUAUACCGAGGGCAACGAUGACCAGUCUUUCUGGGCCAUGUCAGCGAUGAUGGCGGCUGAGCGAAACUUCCCCCACCCCGUCGCCUCGGAUCUCGACUGGCUGGGCAUGGUGCAAGGUGUAUUUAAUCAACAAGCUCACCGAUGGGAUAACUUGAGCUGUAAUGGUGGACUCCGCUGGCAGAUCUACACGUGGAACGCGGGAUACGGCUACAAAAACACCAUCUCGAACGGCGGCUUCUUUGAUCUUGCCGCGCGACUGGCCCGAUACACCGGCAACACCACAUAUGCCGAUUGGGCUGACAAGGUUUGGGAUUGGUCGGAAGCCGUCGGGCUGAUCACUCCAGAUUUCCAAAUCUACGAUGGUACAACAGAUGUAUCCAACUGUUCUUCGUAUGACCGCACGCGGUGGAGCUACACCGGUGGUAUUUGGCUUCAUGGGGCUGCCGUCAUGUAUAACUAUACUCUGUCCCUCUCCGCGGGCUCCCCUUCCGGUUCAUCUGUCAAGUGGAGAACGCGACUGGAUGGGCUGCUCGUGGCUGCCAAUCACUUUUACUCCAAGGACCCCAAUGGCGCUCAAGUCAUGCACGAGCCUCCAUGCGAGUCCAUCAAAAGGUGCAACGUGGAUCAACUGUCCUUCAAGGCAUAUCUAUCCCGUUGGCUGGCCGAUGUCAUUCAACUAGCUCCUCAUACGUACGACGAGAUCACGGCCAAGGUUCGUUCGACCGCAAAGGCUGCCGUGGGUCAAUGUCUGGGAGGGAAAACCGGGACUUAUUGUGGCCAUCAAUGGUCGAGCGGCAAGUACGAUGGGACCAUUGGCGUGGGCCAGCAGAUGGGUGUUCUGGAGGUUCUUCAUGGACUUCUCGCAUCCAAAAUCAGCGGUCCCCUCACCGCACACACUGGGGGUACCAACGAGGGUAACAGUUCCGCUGGCACAGCUCCGGACGAAACGGAUACGGAGAUCUUAUUCUCUGUUAUCACGACGGGAGACAGAGUCGGUGCGGCGUUUCUGACCACCCUCCUGGUCGGUUUGAUACUCUCUGCGAUCUACGUGAUGAUUAAUUGA